AUGAAUUCUGUGGCUGAAAACAUUGACUCUCUUGGCAAACAUUUACUUGGUUCUACACUGCUUGGCCCACAUCUGGUCCAGCCUGUUAUUACCGUGUGUGUGUGUGUAUUAGAGUGUAAACGCCGUUUGAGGACAUGUGCAUAUAACAGUCUUUUUCGAUAUCAACCAGGGCCGCAUAGUGCAACCAAAAUAGUGCGCAACGAAAGGGGAUUUAGUGUCUAUGAGAACUUGCUGGUGAAUGUUUACAAAUUGAGGGAAAGACGAUUGUAUGAUGGCGCUAGCCGACUGGAGGAGCUCGUUGAAAAGCUUGCUGCAAAUGAUGAAGAUCUUAGUACAGAAACAAAAGCUGUUUUACAAUUACUCUUGUUGUUGGCUGGUAGUGAAGAAACAGUGGCAGAAGUACCUAUUGGCCACAAACCUCUUAGGUUACCAAUUUCUACGCAUGUAAACAAGAACAAGGUGAGGUUGCCAGGUGGACCCGUCUUUUAUGGAGAUUCUUGUCAGUUGCAUGAUAUUCAGCUUAAUGGCUAUCCACACUAUUCUAGGGAACUUUUUGAAUGCCCAGGGAACAGAGCCGAUAGAAUGGGCCAACAACAUAAUCUGGAUACAUCGGUUUUUCCAAUGGAACCCGGAAGAAAUCUCCACGGCCAUGACCUCUUCCUUGUCAAGGUAUGAUGACUGUCCGAGUGGAAAUAAUUAAGGAAUAUUCUUUCACAGAGUUGAGUAUAUAUAAACAUAAGUGUUGGAUGGACGGAACAACAUGGUUGAAACAUAGAGGCAAAAUCCACUAUGACCAAGAUUUUUUAUAAUUAUUAAACCUGCAGAGCCAAUGGCAUCUAUGAUAUGAAAAAAUAGAGAACCAAGAUAUUUUUAUAAGAUAAACAUACAGUAUAUAAAAUAAAUAAAUAAAUUAUUCCAAGGUAAAAUAGUAUAAAAUAGUUGUAAUAAAAUAAAAUAGGGAAUUUGCAU